AGCGGCAGCGCCUCUUAACCCCAAUCCCUGCCAGAAAUUGUUCCCACUGCUGGUGUUCUGCAAGGUGGAGUGAGGAGUAGAGUCCACAGGCCUGGUCUGUAGACACAGGAGAGGGAUACCCUGAUGGAGACCCCCACAGCUGUGAAAACUGCUCUUCUAGCACAGGCCGCCGAGUGUGCUGCCUCAGCUGUCGAGCAGUCAGCUUGGAGCACAGGGUUGACACCAAAGCAGGAAGCUGCGGAAGGAGAGCACCAUGGAGAAGCUGCACCAGGCCCAGUAUGGGGGCUUCACAGAGCCCUGGGGGCUCUUGACCUUGGUGGAAACGAGGAAGCUGGAGAGAGGCCCGGAGAUGCCCCUUGGUGCCUGGUGACUCGAGAGAAAACUGAAGGGCAGAAUGGCCCUGAGAACGGUGUGCCCGAGUCAGACGUCACUCUGAACACAGGCUCUGUGGCAGAUGGAAGAGGCCACUGGAAAGGGCGGCCCUAUCAGUGCAACACCUGUGACCGGAGCUUCAAGUGCUAUUCGGAUGUGGUCAAACAUCAGAGCAUCCACUCUGGGGAGAAGCCCUUCGAGUGCAGUGACUGUGGGAAAGCCUUCAUCCACAGCUCGCAUGUCGUCAGACACCAGAGGAUCCACAACGGGGAGAAGCCUUACGUUUGUAAGGAGUGUGGGAAAGCCUUCAGCCAGAGCUUCAACCUUAUUAGACAUCAGAGAAUUCACACAGGAGAAAAACCUUAUGAGUGUACCGAAUGUGGCAAGUCCUUCAGCCAGAGGUCAGAUGCCAUCAAGCAUCAGAGAAUUCACACUGGAGAGAGACUGUACGAAUGUAGCGAAUGUGGGAAAACCUUUAUCCACAGUUCGAACGUUGUUCGGCACCAGAGAAUCCACCACGGAGAGAAUCCCUACGAGUGUAAGGAGUGUGGGAAGGCCUUCAGCCAGAGCUCCAACCUCAUCCAGCACCAGAGGGUGCACACCGGGGAGAGGCCCUACGAGUGCAGCGACUGCGGGCGCGCCUUCAGCCGCAGCUCCUUCCUCAGCGAGCACCGCAGGAUCCACACCGGGGAGAGGCCCUACGAGUGCAGCGACUGCGGGCGCGCCUUCCGGGCCCUGUCAGGCUUUUUCCGGCAUCAGAGGAUCCACACGGGCGAGAAGCCGUUCCGCUGCACGGAGUGCGGCAAGGCGUUCCGCCUGAGCUUUCAUCUGAUCCAGCACCGGCGGGUGCACGGCGCAGAGUGAGCCGGUGCCGGGGUGAAUGCGGGCAGAACGCCGUGUGAGCAGACUGAGGGGUGGGCGCAGAGCAGAGGUCUGUAUUCGUGCCGUGUGUGGUAUG